AAUUGGAAAUUAGUUGCGCGUUCGUAGUCAACUGCUGCUGUUGUGCCUGUUGCUGUUUGUGGGCAGAGUUCUAAAUUACUGUUCAGUCCUAGUCUCAUUGAUUGAUUCUUUGCAUUACAUACAUAUUAUCUCUACACACAAUGAUGAACAACCUGAAGAAGCUGCCCAUGCGUAUGCUGGCCAAUGCAGCACGUCAGCAAAGUGCUGCCAUGUCCUCCUCUGCCACCGGCUUGCCUCCUCCAUUGACUUACCUCACCGACGAUGAGAAAAUGAUGAAGGAGACGGUGGCCAAAUUGGCCCAGGAACAGAUUCAGCCUUUGGUCAAGAAAAUGGACUUUGAACACAAGUUCGACCCCUCUGUGGUGAAGGCUGUGUUCGAGAAUGGUCUGAUGGGCAUUGAGAUCGACACUGAGCUGGGCGGCAGUGGCUGCAACUUCAUGACCAACAUCAUUGUGGUUGAGGAGCUUUCCAAGAUCGAUCCAGCUGUUGCUGCCUUUGUGGAUAUUCACAACACGCUGGUCAACUCGCUGAUGAUCAAGUUUGGCACCAAGGAACAGAAGGAAAAAUAUCUGCCCAAAUUGGCUCAGGAAUAUGCUGGCAGCUUUGCAUUGACGGAACCUGGCGCAGGUUCUGACGCCUUCUCCCUGAAGACUGUGGCCAAGAAGGAUGGCAACCACUAUGUCAUCAAUGGCACCAAGAUGUGGAUCUCCAACUCAGAUGUCGCUGGUGUUUUCUUGGUCUUUGCCAAUGCUAAGCCAGAAGAUGGCUAUCGUGGCAUCACCACCUUCAUUGUGGAUCGCGAGACUCCCGGUCUGAUUGUGAACAAGCCCGAGGACAAGCUGGGUAUCCGUGCCUCUGGUACCUGCAUGCUCACCUUCGACAAUGUCCGCGUCCCUGAGGAGAAUAUCCUGGGCACCUUUGGACAUGGUUACAAGUAUGCCGCCGGCUUCCUGAACGAAGGCCGCAUUGGCAUCGGCGCCCAGAUGGUGGGUCUGGCCCAAGGUACCUUUGAUGCCACCAUUCCCUAUCUGCUGGAACGUAAGCAGUUCGGCGAUGCCAUCUACAACUUCCAGUCUAUGCAGCACCAGAUCGCCACGAUCGCCACCGAGAUUGAGGCGGCUCGUCUGCUCACCUACAACGCUGCUCGCCUGCAGGAGGCUGGUGUGCCCUUCCUCAAGGAGGCGGCCAUGGCCAAGUUCUAUGCCUCCGAGGUGGCUCAGCGUGCCGCCACCAAGUGCAUUGACUGGAUGGGCGGUGUCGGCUUCACCCGCGACUUCCCCCAGGAGAAAUACUAUCGUGAUGCCAAGAUCGGCGCCAUCUAUGAGGGCACCACCAACAUGCAGUUGAGCACCAUUGCCAAGUGCAUCAAGAAGGAGUUCUCUGGUUAAGCUAAUACCUUAUCCUUAAGUCUAUAUUACAAAGCUGAGAUAUCGUACGUCAGAUACGUCAAGUGCAUUUACCAGGCCUGGCCAACGAUUAAUCUGUGAUCGUGAAUUGUUCAUCAAUAUGCGUCCGUUGAUCGUUGCCAACGCAUUUUCAUCGAUUUUUUCUGUUAUAUAUUGUAUUAAAUACAAUUAAAUUUUUAAUAAUAUAAAA